GAUUAAUGGAAAAGUCUUGUUAUUAACUGAAUUGAUUAACUGAUUGUCCACUUUAAAUGACCCCUAUUGAGAUGCAUUAAUCCAAUGGGUGUACAAAAUGAUCACAAUUAAGGAUUUAAUGUAUCAACUGAUUGUCAUGAUCACAACAAUCAAUUUCCAUUUAAAGGUUGAAACUUAUUCCAAUUGUUAGUUGAUUAACAAUCUUGAUCUUGAAAUUAACGAAACAAAUGAAAAAAUGAAAUUAAUUGUAACCCAAUCAACAUUUCAUCUUCUCUUAUAUUGUUUGAUUAUUGUGAACAAUUUAAGUUUCUCUCACAAUUUAGAGCCAAUUGAUAUUAAUCAUGAAAAUUGUGCGAUUCUACCUGGAUCAAUACAUGUAAUUAAAGAGGAAUUAGAUGUCGCUGGUAAUUUAAUUAGAUCUUGUGAAGGUGAUUUCUUAAUUAACAAAUGUGAAGGAACUUGUGUCUCUUCAUUACAACCAAGUGUAGUUCAUCCGAGUGGUUUCUUGAAGAAAUGUAAUUGUUGUCGUGAGUCUCGGAUGAAAAGUCGUUCAAUCCAAUUGACUAAUUGCUUUGAUCCGGAUGGUAAAAAAUUAACUAAUGAAAAGGGAUCAAUGAAAAUUGACAUGGAAGAACCAGAAAGUUGCCAUUGUCUUAAAUGUUCAAAUUAAAUUUAAUUCUAUUAAUUAAUAUAUUCUUCUGGAAUCAAAUCAUCUUCCAAUUAAAAGGAGAUUUAAAUUCACUUUUAUCUCUGUAAUGUUUUAAAGGAAAAUUAUUUAUUCAAAUGAAUCCAAAACAACCAAUGUAAUCUAUUAGUCCAAUGAUUAUUUCUUAAUUUAAUUGUUAUACCAAAGUACAUUUGGGCAAUGAUGAAAAAAGGUUGGUUAAAUCAAAUUGUAAGAUCAAUGGUAGUUAAUGUAAUUACGAAAGGGAAACAAUUAAAAUCACUUACAUUGAUUGGGUGAAUAAAACAAGGCCACAAUAAAAGGGUCAGACUUUGA